AUGCACGUCUAUGUUCACAGCGCCAACCCCUGGCUUGACCAGCACAUUGAGACAUGCAUCAAACGACAUGUAAAGGACGCCAUAUGCUACAAUGACUGCUCCAGCAUCCCCCAAGAUGCCGAAACAGUGUUUCAGUUCCUCAAUGGCUGGGAGCUCAACCAUCACUUUGCUGUGCUGAAUAGAGCCAAACACGGUCUACUCAACGCGUAUCCAAACAGCGAUGCACUUGCAAGAAAGGAUCACAUGGCUACUGUUGUAGAUUACUGGGUUACCAAGAGGCCGGAAAGUAUCCUUAAGGGACACAGUCCUGCUACUGUCAAGUUGUCGCUGGACUAUAGCGAGUAUGUGGAGGAUGCGUUGGCGGCGGCCGAUGACUUGACUUUGAUGUACUCUUUGGAGGACAAUGAAACGAAGAAUGCUUCAGAGCGAGAUUGGUGGAUCUUGAAGCCUGCCAUGAUCGAUUGUGGUCAUGGAAUUCGAAUAUUCAGUACAAUUGAUGAGCUGGCUGAUAACCUUGAGCUCGCUGCUGACAUCUCAGAGGAGGACGAGGAUACAGAAGAAGCAGAGGUUGAAGUUCAAGUCGUCAAGUGCAAAGAUGAAAGCGACUCAGACUCGGAUGGCUUCCACCCCAGCCUUUCAACACCAGGUCUCAACUCAUUGGACGCUCUGAUUACUGCAAGUGGUAAACUCUCAAUCAAUUCGCUAGAGAAUGAAACCAUGAGCGACGCAGAAAAGAUACAAAAUAUUGUUAUUGGCGAGAAUGAAAGGAUCCCAUCGGCUCUCUUGAGAGAGUUUGUCGCUCAGCAGUACAUCGUUUCCAUCCCCCCGGUCGACGGUCGGAAAUGGCAUGUCCGUGCAUACGUUCUUUCAGUUGGCCGACUCAAAGUACACGUCUUCGACGAGAUGCUCACCCUGUUAGCUCUCGAUGACUAUGAGCCGCCAUGGAAGAACCCGAGUCUCAAGUCUUCUCUUACCAACACUGCACUACAAGAUGAAGAAGAAUUCAUGAGCAGGGAGUCAAUGCGAGAUUUCUGGAAAAUGGAUGAUGAUUUGCUACCUGGUGAUUGGAAGAAGAGUGUCUUUGACCAAGCAUGCGAAAUUUCGGGCGAACUCCUACGCGCGGCUGCUCAUACCAUGGCGGACAAGUUCACGCCGCUGGAUAAGUGCUAUGAGCUCUUUGCCAUCGACUUUUUGGUCGACACCAAGGGAACGGCGUGGUUGCUAGAGGUAAACGAGACACCAGCGUUCUACGAACAGGGUUACGCAGGAGAGUUGGCACAGAGAUUGAUGGAGUCAGUGAUUUGUGUGACGUUGGAGCAUAUGGGGAGGGCUGACUUGAGUGAUGAGAAGAACGCAAAGGCUAGAGGGCGCAUGGUGGAGGUUCUGGAUGCGAGCAAGGAGUUGGCAAAGAGUAACAUUACUGAGAUUCUGCCAGGGGCGAUUUGA